AUGGAAAGUUCUAUUCCAAUUGAAAUACAUGCUCAAAAACUAAGCGAAUGGCUAACAAGCAGAAAACACUGUAAAAAAGAUUGGCAUUCACACAUACAACCCAUAAGACAGAAAAUCAAUGUAGCUAUACAAGAUAUGCCUGAAAACAAUGAGAUUGUACAAUUGUUGUCUGGGGCAUAUAUCAAUUAUUUCUAUUGUAAACGUAUAAUUGAAAUAUUAAGAGAAACCGAAGCAGAUACAAAAAAUUUGUUUGGCUCAUAUGGAUCGCAAAGGAUGAAGGAUUGGUUAGAAAUCGAAAGGCUGUAUUUAAAAGACAAUGUUUACCUAGCUGAAGCUUGUGAUCUUCUUGUACAAAACAUCAAGUAUCAUAUACCCUCGGUCAAGAAGCAAAUAGCCAAAUUACAGUCUGGACAAACUGAUUGUGAUAAAAAGAUUGAAGAUUACACUAAAUCUAUUCAAACAUGUAAAAAAGAUUUGGAAACAAUGCGAAAACAGUUCUCCAUAGUUGGUGACGAUAACAGUUUUAAGCGCACACUUAUAGGACGGUUAUGUGAACUUCAAAAAGUUUAUGAUGAUGUUAUGGAACAUAUAAAAAAUUUAAAGAAAGCCAAUACAUAUUUUUCUUUAUUUGUAGUAAAUAUUCUAGGUUCAGACAUUAAUUUAUCGAUGCUUCAAUAUAUUUUGAACAAUGGCAAUACUACCUAUUACGAAUAUCUUUAUGGGGAAAAACCAAGUAAAAUAGAAGAGUCUGUACUAACAAUUGAAGAAGAUAUUAAAGACAACACUGCCGAUGAAGAAAUUGAUUGGGGUGACUUGGAGAACCCAUCUGAAGACAUUGAUUAUGGUAUUUCUCUGGAAGAAAGUGGAAUAGAAGUUGAAAAUCUACAAACUGAUGGUAGUAUUGCCAGAGGCAAUGAGGCUUUGACUUUAUUAGAUAAUUUUCAGACAAGAAAUGAAUUUAUGAAUGAUAUUUUAGAAUUAGAAUCAUUUUUAAGUAUGCGAUUGCUUGAAUUAUCAAAUGAAACAAAUUCUGCAUUGUCAGUCCAUUCCGAUGAAGAAAUCAAUGAAUCUAAACCUGAGAUAGCGUCCAUGUUGGAUAUUAUAAAAGUAAUCAAACAAAAGCUUAAUGAUCCAGUUGUCCAACAUUUACAGCAAAUUAAACAUUCACCAAGAUAUCUAAAUAAACUGGAGUCGAUGUUUCUUCAAAAAGUCAGCAAUAUUGAGAAAAUGAUUAAUUCUCAAAUAGCAGUUACUAAUAAAAAAAAGGAGUUAGCUGAAGAAUAUAAUCAACUGGUUCCAAAAUUGAAGUUAAUACAACAAAAAAACAAGCAACUUAUAACUGAAAUUGAAUUUGAUGUAUCAAAGAAAUAUAAAAACCGUCCAGUGUACAUAAUCGGAACAUCAAUAUUUGGAUCUUCAUAA